AUGUUCAUUGCAUGCCCUAUUAUUACUUGGAUAUUUCUUGGAAGUUUUGUUCUGUCCACUGUUCAAGAAAAUAUCAACAACACUUUACAUAGUGUUUUCGGCAAGAGGAUUCCAGCUUUAAGCCAGAUCAGUGUGCCCCUAGAUACUGGCAAGUAUUUAAAAGUUUGGAACGACGGUAAGACACUUUGUUCGGUGACUGCUACUGAAACAGCUAUAUUUGACCAAUGCUGCUUUCCAUUUAUUUCACCAGCUUACAAGCUGUUUUACAACGAUGUCUUCGUUACCAACUUUUCGGUGGUAGAACCUCAGCUUGCGCUUGAAGUUCCUUCGGAGCAACGAAUUUGCCAGUUGCUUAAAUUAACUAAAGUUUUUCUACGUUGUGAAGCAAACAAAUUUUUUGUCUGUCUUCAAUAUCGCCCAACAAACGUUUUACCUCAGAUGCAAAACCGCUUUGUGGAUGUUGUUAGUGUUCCGGUUAAUUCUUCCGUUACGGUUAUUCCAGAACAAUCAUUUGCUUUACCCGGUCUGUACAGAGUUCAGCUAAAAACUGAUGAUAAAGUUUUAAAAGAGAGUAAAGUUUUCAAAGUGGAAAAUUACGGUGAAUUUUCACUUGCUUUUGGUCAGCAGAGUAUUUUUCCACAGUGUAGGAAGAGUUUCAAAGUCAGUUGGACAAAGGCCCAGUGCUUAGAUUUGAGCUUAAACUUUCGACUUCGAAUUUUUGCUGUUCCAGAAGGGGGAUCUGUUGAACGAUCGUAUUACCUGGAAGAAAUUCAUUUAGAUGCUAGUGACAGCUAUGCAUUGCUGCCGUGUUCCAUGUUCGAUAUAAUCUAUUCACAUUUUUGCUUCGAACUUGUAUCCGUUCAAGAGCGAACGCUAUAUUUUUACAGCUGGGACAAACGCUGCAUAAAAACUGAAAAUAUUGAUCAUGUGAAUGGACAGUGGAGUGCCUGGAGCGAAUGGAGUCAGUGUUCAGCGAGCUGUGGUGACGGCAGUAGAAGCCGAUUCCGGCACUGCAACAAACCGCUGCCGAAGGGUAAUGGGGCCUUCUGUCCAAAAAGUUUUGUCGAGUACGAAAAAUGCACAUCUGUUUGCCCAGGAAGUUUGGUAGUUGAGAAGAAUUUGGAAGAUCAUUGUAGUUGUGGAUGUCAUUUAAACCAGACCAAAGGUACAUUUUUUGCACGAUUAAAACAGAAUUCACCUUGUCAGUGGAUUAUACUCGCCUACGGUGAACAUCAACCUGGUUGUGAGAUGGCUCGGUCUGGAAAUACCGAAAAUACAAUGCUAACUACUGAGAAAACUGUAACAAAACGUUCUAUAGGAAUACAGCUUUCAACGACGUCAACUCCUCGAUUGCCUCGAACGAGAAAAGAAAGCUCAUCCCGGGAGACCAGCUCCGUGCAGCAAACUCCUCGGCUACGGCACUCAUCACUGUCGUGUUUCGCUGAUCAUGAAUUGGAGUACGACUACUAUGAACCGGUUAUACCGGGUUCAUUUUUGACGCCAGUUCAAGACUUUUAUUCCGAGAUUGAUAUUGAUCAAAUUAUUGGCGAGUCAUGCCUUAGGGAUUUGGAUGUAGCUAAAACUGAUGCGGUAACGCAAGCGUAA